CCGUCACGAAGUGGCCGCAUUUGCUAUGUGGCCCUGUGAAGUGGCUACCCUUCUGGGUCUGGCCGCACUUGUCACUUCCUCGCCGAUAUCCCCCGCCGACAACGUCAACCGUCGCCAAGAAACACCCACACCUACACUUGAGCCGUGUGCGCAAGUUUCGGUCAUCUUGAACCCUAGUGGAGUACCGACUGAUGACCCACGACCUACGGAAGUCCCUGCAGAUAUUGCUUACCAAUGCCUGACAAGCAUACCCCUCAAUGUCACUUCGGCAAAAGCUAUUCUUUUCGAACUCCCGCUCUAUCUCAACUGGCAGAGUACGCUUGACGUACUGAAGGACCCACCACCCGAGUACGUGGAGAAGGUUCAAGACCCUGUCGACAUCCUCGCCGGGUUGGAUACGAUAUCUGCGUUCAUUGACCAAGGAUACAUUUCGGAUGAAUGGUCGUUUGGCUGGGCGCUCUACAGGUUGCUUGGAGCAGCGCACGAUGGCCACCUCGCAUACAUCUUGGAUGUCGUGGGUGAGAUCUUCAGUUUUAGUCGCCCUGUUCCCUUGGUCUCCGUGUCUGAGGACGGUAGUAAACUGCCCGCCGUGUUCGCCUACACCGACAUUUUGGGUUUGCAUUUCAAGAAUAUCUCUUAUACACCAUCUGCCAUUGUUAAGAUUGAUGACCAGGACGCCAAUGCAUUCCUCGAGGAUCUGAGCCAACAGGGAUCCCUCCAAGACCGCGAUGCUCUGUACAACAACUUGUUCUACAACCUUGCGCAAAUCAGUCUAGGAGUGGGAGGCUCGGGCCUGGGUGGGUUCACGGGUGCGGGUCGCGGUCGUUAUGUUCCCCUAAAUCCGAACACUACCCUCGAAUUCGCCAAUGGCACGAAAUUUACCAUUGCCAACACUGCCAAAUCAUAUUUCAGCUUCCAGAAUGUCACAUCUGGUGCGGAUCUCAGAAGAAAGAUCGUCAUUGACGAGGACUCGACUGCCAAAUUCCGCCCUGAUGUGAUCACACCAGUCUCUCCUCCACCGGGACUGGAUCAAGCCGCAGCACCGCCACUAGGGUAUCCGACACCAGUCGUUCCCGGGCCUCAGAAUCUGAUCAAUGGGUUCUAUAUCGAUGGGCCUGGUUAUGAGAACGUGGCUGUUCUCCAAGUACCGAGCUUUGUCAGCAGCUCUUAUGCUGAAGUCGCGUUCCAGAUUACAUCGCAAAAGUUCCUCCAAAAAGCUUGGAGCGAAGGGAAGACUAAGCUCAUUAUUGACCUGCAGGCGAACGGAGGAGGCACCAUUCUGCAAGGAUACGACCUUUUCAAGCAGUUGUUCCCGGCGUUAGAUCCCUACGGUGGCAACCGCUUCCGAUACAAUGCAGCCGUAGAUCUGAUCGGGCAGGCGUUUAGCGGAGUUGUUGGUCAAUCUCCUCGAGAUGCUGGCUUGAAGAACAUUACUUUGAGAUCAAUCCAAGCGAGCUAUUUUGAUUACCAUACCGACCAGACUGCUGACGGCAAACCCUUUGAGUCGUGGGCACAAAAAGUUGGCCCGAACACUGUGAAUGAAGAUGAUUACACCUCCAUCUCUCGCUGGAAUAUAACUGACGUCUACAUUCCCUAUCAGUCUGGCAUCAAUAUCACAGGUUCUUCCAAUCAGACUCGAUGGAGGUCGGAGGACAUUGUCCUCAUUACCGACGGAUACUGUGCAUCGACAUGCUCGAUCUUUGCGGAAUUGAUGACUCAACAAGGUCAUGUCAAGACCAUUGCAUUGGGCGGCCGGAGCAACGCGAAUAAGAUCCAGGCAGUCGGCGGCGUCAAAGGCGCCAAUAUCUACCAAUGGGGAUACAUUCAGCAGUACGCGGCGCAGGCCAUUCACUUUAAUGAGACAUUCCAGACUUCGGCGCUGAAGCAAUAUACCUCUGGAGAAGCGCUCAGUCGCUCCUAUGGCAAUGGCAUCAAUGUCCGCGAUGCCGUGCGCUUGGGUGAUGACUCUGGCAUUGCGCUGCAGUUCAAGUAUGAGGAAGCGGAUUGUCGCCUCUACUUCACGCCGGAGAUGACCGUGAGCGUAGCUGCCAUUUGGAAAGCCGCUGCCGACGCGCAAUGGAGCGAUCCUUCCAAGUGUAUUGGCAGCGGUGGCUAUUACAACCCUUCGAAUGCCAAACGGGCGACUCAGGGCAAGACGACAACGUUGAGCCCGGCGCGUAGCCAAAUGCGUGGAGCACAAGCUCUCAGGCAAAUGAAGGCCUUUGAGAAUACCUUCUCUAUGCAGACAAACUGCAAACACGAGGCCCAUGACGGCUUCAUGCCGCCUUGCUAGGUGGACAACCUGUUGGUUACUAGUGGC